AUGGCAUUCCACUUUGUAAACAUCCAAACAUUUCGACAGCAAGCAUUGGCAGGGAACUUCGAUUUUUUGAGAACUAGCCCUAGGAUUCCAACAGUUCUGACUGAGGAUAGCUUCAACAUCACCUCAGCGGCCACUUUCAUUCUCCUCCGCCGAGCACCCCUGUUGUCGGGUGCCAUCAACCGUGAGGACCUGGAUCACCUUUUGCAGGACAACUUGGCCCUCCAACAGGCUAUCGAGGCGUACGGCUCUGAUCUGCGGUAUCUACCCUCAGAUCUAGCAGCUAUGUCUCGGCAAGUAGUGGAAGGCCUCAUAGCCAGUGGAUCUGUUCCAGAAGUCCCAGACGCCGGAGAAGACCAGUGGAAAGAGCUACUGACGCAAACUGGCAAGGCUCGACAAGUGGCGUUUUCCAGAGCAUUGCGCGUGGAGUUGGAGAAGAUUUCUAACAGCCUGCCUGCCACUGGCGCAAGAGAAGCCAGCCAGCCGACGCGGGAAUUACAUCCUGCACCUCCGGUUGCACAAGCUACAAAAAGACAGAAAGAUCCCAGUUGCUAUACACAACGUCUGCAGCCAUCGGUCCCAGCGAUUGAAGAGCGAGGUGCUUCCGCCCCUACAGCGGACCCCAGCCUCCGCCAUGUGGACCUCCCGCAGCGGCAAGGGGUCGGCUCGGGCCCAUGGCAAGGGGCGGGGAAGGAGUUGAAGGAGUACCUGCAUCGACGCUGGAUGGAUGAUCCUGCAUUCACGGUGGAGGGCUUAUCUCCACGCUUUGCGGCGCUCUUGCAAGAGCUGGCAGCUAUCCACCUUGAAGAGGUGCAGAGGCUGAGGCCAGAAUCUCUCAGGACUCCGCGAAUACCUGCGCCGUCGUCGAUUUCUCCGCCGCUGCAGGCCAUUGGGCGAAGCGAGUCCCGCGCUUUGGAAGAGGUGGACAACAGAGCAACGAUCUCCAGCGCCAUUGGCGCUGCCAGUGUGGAGAGCCCAGGCCCCCAGGCGUCAUCAACAUCGCUGCGGUCAUUGCAAUCCAGCCAGUCCUUAGAUGCGGGGCUUGAGUUGGAGACUGACUCCGAAGAUCUUGGCGAAGUGCAACCCGACACUGGCAUGGAUCGAAUACGCGCAUUUUUCCUAAGCAGUACCUUUGAGAUGUUGAUUGCUGGCCUGCUCUUUAUCAACGUGUGCUUUAUGGCUGCGCAGCUUCAAUACCUUGGCCUGAGAAUUGGCCACGAGAUUGGUUAUGCUCGAUACGACCAGACGGCCGAGGAGGCGUGGCCGAACUCGGAACAAGUCUUCCUGGUGGGCGAUAUAGCUUUUGCAACUCUCUUCACGUUGGAAAUGCUGACGCGCCUGUACUACCUGCGGAUGACGUUCUGGAAGUACAGUCUGAAUUGGAUUGACUUUCUUGUGGUUUGCAGCUCAUGGCUUGAGCUCUUUGCGGCAGCGCUUCCUAUAAGCCCCACAUUCCUCCGGCUGCUGCGAUUGGGAAAGUUGCUGAGGGCUAUUCGGGUCGUGAGAAUGUCCCACGUCCUCGAGUCACUACAGCUGCUGCUGAAGUGCAUUGCAGCAAGUGUGCGCAUCUUAUUCUGGUCGUUGUUCCUGUUGAUGAUCAUCCAGAUCAGCGCCGGCAUGACCAUUAGCUAUAUGGUGAGUGAGUUCAUGGUGGACGAAACUGCGCCCAUGCAAGCCAGGUUUGAUGUUUUCCGGUAUUACGGCAGCUUUUCCGCAACCCUCCUGACGAUGUUUGAGGUCCUGUUCGCAAAUUGGGCACCACCAUGUCGAAUCCUCAUAGACCAUGUCAGCGAGUGGUACGCGCUGGUCUUCAUCAUCUACCGCUGCUUUGUUGGGUUCGCUGUGUUGAAUGUCGUGAACGCAGUCUUCGUGCAGAGCACAAUGAAGGUAGCGCAGGCGGAUGAAGAGUUCAUCGCCAGGGAGAAGAAGCGAUCGGAACAAGCCUGGCAACGCAAAGUUUCGGCUUUAUUCCGGCAGGCUGACACAUCUGGUGAUGGCAAGAUCGACAUGAAAGAAUUCAAGAGGCUGCUGAAGGCUCCAAAGCUUCAGCUGUGGUUGAGCCAGUUGGAGAUUGAGACUACGGACCUUUGGGGUUUGUUCCAGAUGCUGGACACAGGUGAUGGGGAGAUCUCAUUGCAGGAGUUCGAAGCCGGCACCAUGCGCAUCAAGGGCAUGGCGCGAAGCUACGAUCUUGCCCAAGUGCAUAGACUGGUCGAACGGCUCAGCGUAAAAGUGGACACGAUUGCAAGGCAGCUGCCUCUGUCCAAGACAGAUCGCAGCAGCUUCCGGAACUGA